AUGAGCGAACGCGGUGGCAGCGCUGGACCGGUGACCGGUGGACGACAUGCUCGCGUUAGUCCAACGCCCGGACGUGGCAGCAAGAUUGCGUAUACGCCGUGUCCGCGCUCCGAGCCGCCACAGGAUCUGGCUCUCGCCGUGCCGCCACCGCCGCGCAACUGCCUGGCCAUACCGAUGUCCUCGCUGCAAACGGCCAACGGACCCGGAAGCAAAGAACGAUGUAGCGCCCUGUCAGGCAUACCCAGCACACCGAUCUCUAGCAACGCUCCCUCCCUGGCGCUGCCUGGGAACCUGCCCUACGAGCUGGAUAUGCCCCAGCCUCUAGUUGACCGCCGGCCAUCCGUCUCCCUGAUGCGAUGGAACAGCAAUGGCAGCAGCGGACCGGGUACGGAGGCCACCAACAGUGCCGGCAAUAGCCAGAUACGCCUGCAGCAGCAGCUAGAGCAGCAGCAGCAACUACAGCAACAGCUACAGCAUCAUUACAUGGCAACAGCAACUGCAGCAGCAGCAGCAACAACAGCAACGAGACUGGGGUACGCUGAUGCAACGGUGGCCACGGCAACAACCACAUUGCUAGCGGCCGCGGCUGCAGCCACGCGGCAAGUGAACUUUGGUGGCGGCGCCAACUCGGGAGUCACACGGGCGGAGCCCAUCUCGCUGGCCACCUUGGAUCGCGAUUGCUUCAUCAUUCCCGUGCAUAGUGUGGAUCGAUUCCUGCCAGCUGGCAUACCGCUGCCCGCUUUGAAUGCCGAGGGCAAGGCCAUGAGCCCUCUGAGCGUGCUGGAAGUUUCCGAUCCCAAGCUCUGCAUUCUGGUGCAUUUGAUGAGUCCUUUGGAGGCCAUUGAUCCGGUAAUGGAGUCGCCACUCUCCCAUCCGCUGCUCAAGCAGCGCUCCAUAGCCGCCGAACUGCUGACAGAAGUGCAACAGGCCAACACAGCUGUGGGCGGGAUGCUGUUGGCCAACAUGGAAAAGAGUUCCGAGUUCCCCUUCAUCUCGUAUUACCUGAUCAACACCCUACAAACGGAUCCUUCCAACUUCUAUGCCGGCCUGCGCGUCUCCUCGCUGUCCAAGUUCGAGCCAAAGGCCCUCAAAUACACUGCCGCCCACACCUUGGACCUAUACAGCGAGGUGGCUGCCAUUUGCCGGCCGCCUUUGGUGCUGCCCUCCAAUGAGGCCGGCAGCUUCAAGAAGACGCAGACCGCGGCCACUGGCUACAUUAUUAGUGUGUUCAAGGUUUUCGAGGGCGACGAUGGCGAACGAUUCGAAAAGAAUUGGCUCUACUGGACAGGCGCCCGGAUGCUGUACAGGUACUUGCCACGUGCCGCGGGCCUGAGGCGCAUCGCCCUGCACAAGAGCACCUCGCAGAAGGGCGACAAGAUGUACCUGCUGGUGUGCGAGUGUGCCGACCUGCUCAAGGACAUCUCGCUGGCCGCCUUCCUGAUCCCGGCGCUGCGGGCCCGACUCUGCGGCUAUACGGGACUCUAUCGACCAAUACAGGCCUUCUAGUCGCGCGACUUUCUACUCGUAUCUACUCCUGUACAUAGCCAAGGCUACAACUAAAGCGAAACCAACACUGCAAAGAAACUGCACCUGUUACACGUGAUUUUCUGAUUCGAUAUAUAUAUAUAUUUACUAGGCCUAGGCAGACUUUUAAACUCUCUAUCAGCAGCUCAGAGGAUGAAGGCUUAAGGGGGGGCAUCCUUGACUAGGAGACAUCUAAGAUAAGUAGUAGACAAUAUACUCAAGGUAAAUCCAUAUCGUGUGCUAGAUUUUUCUAUAAAUCAUAUAGAGGCAAGCCCAAUAAAUAGGACCAUAUCUAGUGUGAGUUGGUAGUGAAGAGGAACUUCCAUUUUAGCCACAGCCAAUAGAUAUUCGGUGGGAACUAUAUAGUAUAUAUAUAUAUGCCCAUCAUAGAUAUAAUCCCAGCAGUUAAUCACAAAUAUAAACGCUGAAUUUUGCGCUGAAAUGUAGGCUAUGAAAUCUGCAAACCAAAGUCAAUUCUUAGCAUAAAAAAUAGAAAGAAAAACGAGUUUGUUAGGGGGACAAGUGUAAAAUUGAAUGGGUUUCAUCGAUGGGAUGGGGGAUCUAGCUAACUUUGCCCAAAUCUAACAGAAAUCUGCCAAAGACAUAAGCAAAACUAAUCUUAACUAAUGAGUAAAUCAAACAAUUAUUUAAAAUUUCAAUUUUUUUAAUCUAAGCGUACGCCCAAUAGGAAAUUUUCAAUACAAAAUUUAACAAUUUAAUGCUUGGCCAUAGCUUGCCACACAAAAACACUCUAGAAAAUAUACCCUAUAUAAUAGCAUAUACAUAUAUGUAUACUUGUAACAAUUGUAAAUAGUUCGGUGAACUUUUAAGGCACUUACUUCACACGCAAACACACAAUAGUGUAUUUGAGGAACAUAUAUAAUUUUGCACAAUACCAACAGAAUCAAAAAGUGCUGUGAUAAUUAAACUAAAGCAGAGCAGAGCCACAAAAAAAAAAAACGCAUACAUAAAUCAAAAGGAUAUGUAAGGACUAACACAAGCCACAAUAGAACUUCAUUUCAUCCGGUCAAAGACAAUAUCAUUUUUAGCUGCCAUGGAAAAUUCAAAAGUCUCUGGCUUAUUCUUUCCCAAAUUAAUACGAUUAUUUAGAUAUUUAGACCUUAAUAAAAGCAACAACUUGCAAAGCUUAUGCUAAGCCUAAAGCCUAAGGAAAUAAUUAUAAUAAUUACCGAAUGUUUGAAAUUUUUUGUCACAACUUAAGCUACAAGCUGGAAGCCAAUAACAAUAAAGCGUAAAAUUAAAAUAAA